AUAUAUAUUAAAUAAAAUUGUAUAAGGAGAGUAUAUUUUUCAUGAAAAAUGUUGGAUUUUGCUUAAUCAAAACCGCAGGGAGACAAUUGACAGCGAGGCAGAAGGAAGAAUUGUGUAGAGAGAGAAAGAGAGAGUGAACCCUAUAUUUUUCAUUCUGACUUGGGAGCAGAGGUUUUUAUGCAUUUUGACCACCUUCUGGUUCUCAGGGAAAAGGGCUUUUGGAGCAAAAGAUUUCAAUCAUUAUACACAAGAUCCUGCUUUAACUGCUCCUGAUUUUGCUGCCAAAAUUUUAUACUGGAUUUGGUUAAGGAAGCUGAUUUAAUUUGAAUUCGUGGGAAAGUAGGCUUUGGUUUGGUGGGUACUUGUAUGGGAUUGUGAGGACUUGUUUAAGGAGAUUGUGAACUAAAAACUGGUGAAAAUAUGAUGUCCAAAUCGUAUACCAACUUGUUAGAUCUUGCUUCUGGGAAUUUCCCGGCGAUGGGGAGAGAAAAGAGGCGGCUGCCAAGAGUAAUGACGGUGGCCGGAGUAAUUUCUGAGCUUGAUGAUGAUCAGGCUAGUAGUGUUGCCUCGGAUGCCCCGUCGUCUGUUAUUGUAGAUCGAGUAAUAAUCGUAGCUAAUCAGCUCCCCGUAAAAGCUAAACGUAGGCCGGAUAAUAAAGGGUGGAGUUUUAGUUGGGAUGAGGAUUCUUUACUUUUGCACAUAAAGGAUGGAUUGCCAGAUGAGAUGGAGGUGAUUUAUGUAGGGUCUUUAAGGGUUGAGGUUGAUGUGAAUGAACAGGAUGAUGUUUCCCAGUUACUGUUGGAUAGGUUUAAAUGUGUCCCGGCUUUUCUCCCCCCGGACAUUUUGGCGAAAUACUAUCAUGGAUUCUGCAAACAGCAUUUGUGGCCGCUCUUCCAUUAUAUGCUCCCGUUUUCUGCUAGUCAUGGUGGGCGGUUUGAUAGGUCGUGGUGGGAGGCGUAUGUUGCAGCCAACAAGAUUUUCUCUCAGAAGGUCAUCGAGGUGAUAAAUCCCGAGGAUGACUAUGUUUGGAUUCACGACUAUCAUCUAAUGGUUUUGCCAACGUUCUUGCGCAGGCGUUUUAAUCGGUUGAGGAUGGGGUUUUUCCUGCAUAGCCCUUUCCCGUCAUCGGAGAUAUACAGGACUCUUCCCGUGAGGGAGGAGAUUUUGAAAGCGCUAUUGAACUCUGACCUCAUUGGUUUCCAUACAUUCGAUUAUGCCCGCCACUUUCUUUCUUGUUGUAGUCGUAUGUUGGGUAUCGAGUACCAAUCGAAACGAGGGUAUAUUGGGUUGGAAUACUAUGGGCGGACCAUCGGGAUUAAAAUUAUGCCCGUCGGGAUUCACAUGGGGCAGAUUGAAUCCGUGCUGCAACUUGCAGAUAAAGAGUGGAGAGUCGAGGAGCUCAAGCAGCAGUUCGAAGGUAAAACCGUGGUUCUUGGCGUUGACGAUAUGGACAUCUUCAAAGGUAUCGAUCUGAAGCUUUUGGCAAUGGAACAAAUGCUAUUGCAGCAUCCGAAGUGGCAGGGAAGAGCGGUUUUGGUACAAAUCGCCAACCCGGCUCGAGGAAAGGGCAAGGAUCUCGAGGAAAUACAAGCGGAAAUUAAAGCUAGUAUCGAAAGAAUCAACGACAAAUUUAGGCUGCCCGGUUACGAACCCAUCGUCUUUAUCGAUCAACCGGUUUCUCUUGGUGAACGAGCCGCCUAUUACACUGUUGCUGAGUGCGUGGCGGUCACGGCUGUAAGGGACGGUAUGAACCUUACUCCGUAUGAAUACAUCGUUUGCAGACAAGGGACCCCGGGAUCGGUGUUCAAUUCAGAAUCGAGUGCUCCGAAGAAGAGUAUGCUAGUGGUGUCUGAAUUCAUCGGGUGUUCUCCGUCCCUGAGCGGUGCUAUACGCGUUAACCCGUGGAACGUCGAAGCCACCGCUGAAGCAUUGAACGAGGCGAUCUCUAUGGCUGAUGGCGAGAAGGAGUUGCGCCAUGAAAAGCAUUACAAAUACGUUAGCACACACGACGUAGCGUAUUGGUCGAGAAGCUUCUUCCAAGAUCUGGAGAGAACGUGCAAAGACCAUUUUAGAAGGCGGUGUUGGGGAAUCGGUCUGAGCUUUGGUUUUAGAGUCGUGGCACUCGAUCCGAAUUUCAGAAAGUUGUCUAUCGAAGCAAUUGCUUCUGCUUACUCCCGAGCCAAAAACCGGGCGAUAUUGUUGGAUUAUGAUGGGACUGUCAUGCCUCAAACGUGCAUCAAUAAAGUUCCAAACAACCAGAUCAUCUCGAUCAUUAGCGCACUGUGCGAUGAUGCUAAAAAUACCGUUUUUCUCGUGAGUGGAAGAGGAAAGGAUAGUUUAGGGGAAUGGUUUUCUCCGUGCAAAAAACUUGGUAUCGCCGCCGAGCAUGGCUACUAUCUAAGGUGGUCGGUUGAUAAAGAAUGGGAGACCUGUGGACAAAGCACGGAUUUCGGGUGGAAACAGAUUGCCGAACCGGUAAUGCAAUUAUACACAGAAUCUACUGACGGUUCUUAUAUCGAACCGAAAGAUAGUGCAUUGGUUUGGCAUCAUAGAGAUGCAGAUCUCGGGUUUGGGUCUAGCCAAGCAAAGGAGAUGUUAGACCAUCUCGAAAGCGUUCUUGCAAAUGAACCGGUUGAAGUGAAGAGUGGGCAAUUCAUCGUCGAAGUGAAACCUCAGGGCGUGAGUAAAGGUCUAGUGGCCGAGAAGAUCUUCUCGGCGAUGGCUGAGAAUGGGCGGCAGGCGGAUUUUGUGCUGUGCAUAGGCGACGACAGGUCUGACGAGGACAUGUUUGAGAUAAUCGGAAGUGCGAUUAACAGCGGGGCCCUCUCGUCGAAUUCAUCGGUGUACGCCUGCACGGUCGGGCAGAAACCGAGUAAAGCCAAGUAUUAUGUCGAUGACACGAGCGAGGUACUUAACAUGCUCGAAGCUCUUGUUGAAGAAUCCCGGUCCCUAAGUUUGGAAAUCCCCCCCACCCCCACAGGAAGCUCGGUUUGAAUUCGUGCUCGCCAUAAACAGGUCGGGAUUUACGUGAUGUAUAUGUACUAAACGUAACGGCUCGAGUCUAUGAAAUCGAAGUUCAGACGAAGCAACGGGAUUCUGGGGUGUGUGGGAAUAUGAAGUAUUAUUGAUCAUUGGUGAACUUCUUUGCCUGGUGAUGUAAGAAUGGUUUGUUCUGACAUGAAAGUGAAAAAGAAAAAGAAAGAAAAAAAAAAACUGGUUCUGAAUCAGAAUUGUAUACAGCUUGUUCAAUUUCUUCUUUUAUGUUUCUCUUUCAGGAAUUGGAAUUUUUCUCUUUUCUUUUCUCAUCUUUUUUGUUAGACUAAAAUUAUUGGAUUGAUACAAUUGUAAAUGUUAUAGAAAUCUUUUCUUUUUCUUGUUU